GAAUUUAAUUUUGGAGACUACUUCAGGUGUGACCAUUUGGUAUGUACGUUAAGCUCUGGCCUUUGCCGUCUUGCUUAUGAAUUAAAGCAAUCGCGUUCUUUGACAACCGGAGAUGACGUUACUUCUCUUGACGAUGACCAUUACACCCACGAACAAGAGGCCGUUUAUAAGCACAGGGCUCAGUCAAAGCAAGAAAUUGACUUCAAUGUUGGGGACUCACUAAGUUAUAUCGCCGAUCACUGGGAUGGCUAUAUUUACGGUAGAAACUGCAGGACAAAUCAAAUGGGAGUAUACCCAUCUUAUAAAGUUCGCGAUAAAUGGAACACCUACUAG